AAAACACACACAACCUCCUUCCUCCCUUCCUUCAGGGAGGGAAGAGAGUUUGAGCGGAGAGAAAAAUCUAUCCGAGACAGAACAGGGACAGUGAGAAAAAUAUAUGAGUGGGAGAGGGAGAAGGAGAAGGAGAAGGAGAAGGAGGAGGAGGAGAAGGAGGGGGGGAGCAAAUUAAAAGUUGCCAAAUGGAGAUAUUGGGUUUCAAGAGGAGUGAGACAGGAGUAAAAGGGUUUGCCUCUUUGAGUCGUCUUUAUGUUUUGCUAAUCGGGAUUAAUGUGUAUGGCUCGACACGGUUUAGUCCCGUAGCUUUUUCGACGAAUUCUAGCCGACGUUUUCAAAAGAGCCGUCGUCGCCACCGCGGCUAGCUAACCAGAACAGGCCGAUGUUUAUCGUUAAAAUGUUGCGGGGCGUCCAGUCCGGAGAGCUACCCGACCAGAACACGGGCUGGUGCUGAAUCCCCUGACUGAAACGCGUCGGUUCGACAUAUCGAGACAAAUGUGACGUUUUUCAAGCUGGCAGAUGAGCCACAUAGAGGACAAAUGAAAGCCUCCCCAACAGAGAAAGAAAGAUCACGUCAGCGACGACCAGCCACGGGCUGGACGACGGGCGUUUUUGUGCAGCUUGAAUGCGAUUAUCUUUCUGUCGAUUCAGUCUAUUUUUGGAAAUAAAACUUGUACGCUGUAACGUUACAUUAGCUGGCUUACUAAAGCAACCGUACAGCACCAGUAGCAGGACUACAGCAGGGACUAGCUUGGUUUGCGUCGAAGCAUGCAUGCUAGGGCGGAUUUCGGAGACUGAAUUUGAGCUCUAAAUUAUAUUAAAUGUUCAAACUUUUCGAAAAGGGUGGCUUUCUUUUGACAACCCUGAUCAAAAAUGGCGAUACAUCUGCAAAUCCAGUGCGUUUGAGCAACUACAAAGGCUGGUUUUCAGCUGUGCCUUGUUCUUUUUUUUUAAUCUAGCUAACGUUUGAAUUUUAGUUGAAUAUCAACUGAUAACAGUUAACGUUACAUUUUUGGAAUUAACGGUUGAGUUUCUGGUGGUUUAAUGAUUCUGUUGAAUUACUGAGAGAAAUGUGUCAUUUUGUUAUUUAUUUUACACAUUACAGUCCACAUAUGGAGCUUCUUGUGAAAUAAAAUGUCACUGUGUUAAUCGUUUGGUUUCCGUUUUUUUGUUUGGAAGGGUCGACAUUGCUUCCUCUCUCAUUUUUGUAACACUGUGUCCACUCAGGAAGGACAAAGGAGCCCACUCCCUGCUGUAGCCUAUCCCCUCUUAUGAAAAUGUAGUCUAUUUGCUCUGUCGUUCUUUGUUCCCCCUGAACCAAAGAUGGAGGCUGAACGUGGCUCCGCUGUAAAGACAUCCAAUGUCAUGCCCAGGAAGCCCAGGGUGUUAAAUGACUGAAUCCAUGCUUCCUGCUGGAAAUCUGUGUCAUGGAUGAUGAGGACGAUCGCCAUCUUCUGGAUAUUUUAGGCGAUGUGGAUGCACUGAAUGACUAUCUCCAUGGCAGCAACAGCAAGUCUAUUGAGGAGGAUGAUGUAACAAAUGCAGCUUAUGGGUCGGAUGGAUCCUUCUUUGCUAGUGACACGACUGGCUCCAACACUGGCCUCAAAGAUGGCUCUUCUUCAAUGGGUGAAUUCGGCGAGGAUUCAGCAGGGGCAGGCCUUCAGCUCUCCAGCAGCCUUUCAUUUAUCGAGGAUGAAUUGGGGCCGGAGACCUCCCCUGGAGGGGUGGAUCUCGGGGGAGAGGACCAGCCCUUUGACAUCCUACAGAAGUCUCUCAUGGAGGCCGACAUCACGGAGCAGACGUUGGCCCAGGAGGCCUUACUAGACUCCCAGCCCGCUCCCACUCUAGUGCAGGCUCCUGUUCCCUUUCAAUCCCAGCUGGUUUCUGGAGGUUAUGGAGGGGGAGUGGGUGUGGUAACCACGGCGACAGCUGCGUUCCCCGCAGGCCAGUUCCUGCAAGGGGUGUCCCAGCUGCCCAAUGGCUCCUCCCAGCACAUCCAGGUGUUGGGCUCGUUCGGGGCCGGUGGUGGUGUGAUGACUCUGAGCAGCCUGGAGAGAUCUCCUCAGAUUGUGCUGAGGCAGGGGGCGCCUGUAGCUGCAGGAGGGACCACAACAGGGGGGCAGGUAUUUGCCCCUACCCAAGGGCAGGUAGGCCAAGUCGGUGUACCUUUCAAAAACAUCCCCCUUCAAAACAUCAUCAUCCAGAGAGGCCCGGGAGGGACCCAGACUCUUGUCAGACCUAUCCAGCCUAAACCCCUUCAAGCUGCGGCUCAGACUGUAUACAGUCUUGGUCUUCAGCCCGCUCCCACCACUAUGGCUAAUGUAGUUAACGCUAACACUGCCACUCCUGGGGGACAGUACACAGCCAAUGGCUCCAUAGCAGUGCAGCCGCACCUGGAGCAGCAACAAGCACAGGUCCAGGCCCAGGCCCAGGCCCAGACAAAUAUGCCACCUGGACAGUUCUUGCUGCCCAGCUCUUUGGCGCUCACUCCGGCCAGCACCAUCCACAAUGGCCCCGCUGACCCCAACUCAAAUGCCCUAAUUACCAGUCAGAAUGCAGUGCAGAUUGUUGCGGGGCAAAACUUCACUGCACCACCAGGAGGCCAGCUAAUUUUGAAUCAGGGAGUAGUUGGUGGGAGUCAGGUUGGAGGGGGUGUAACUCAAACAUGGACCGGAGUUUCUUGUGCGAGCUCUGCCCCUUUGCAGACAUCGUGUGCCCCUGGGCGGCUGACUCUGGUUGGCCCAGCGACGGCGGGGAUCAGCGGUCAAGGCCAAGUGUCGGCUGGACCUGUUCAGCGCCUUCUAGUGACUCAGACUCAGAAUUGCACUUCUCUGUCCCCUUUACCUGGUACUGUGACACAGGAACAGCAAGACUACAGACAGAAUUCUUCAUCACCUGCCCUCAAACAGGACAGACAGGUGCAGCUCAGCAGCAUCCAUGCCGUGACGUCCAUGACUCAAGAUUCAAUGCUAAACUCUCAGAAGAGACCUGCCCUUCUGCCACUUACAAAAGGAGGAAUGAUUUUACAACAGUUGAGGAUGGAUCAUGCUGGAGUUCAGACCCCAGAUCGGCGUCGAUUCACUUCAAUCGACGAUGCACUGCAAAGACUCCUCCCUUACCACGUGUUCCAGGGGGCUCCACCCAGCUGGGAUGAGUUCUCACAGGUGGAUGAAGAAUUUGAGGUAGUUGCAACUCAGGUGCUGAAGAGGACCCAUGCCAUGGUAAACAAAUACAGACGGCUACUAAUGGUGGAAGCUGAGCGUUCCAGUCCGUCAUCAGAAAUGGUGAUGAUUGACAGGACCUUCAACCAAGAGGAGCGCAGCAACCUGACACAAGACAAACGCAUGGUACUAGUGGAUCCAGACAGCUUUAUGGAAGACUUCUGUUGUGGGAUGAAAUCCAAACUUUUCCAAGAUCCCCUCCCCUCUCAGCCGUUGUCCAGCUGUAGUUGGAAUCAGUCAGACAGAGGCUCUACGGAGCCACCAUACAGGACAGACUCCCAGCACGGGUAUGGAGACCCGGGAGGGGGUGGGGCUGAAGGACCAGGUGCAGCAGAUAGACUCCACCCUCCACAGUUAGAAAACAAGAGCGUCCUGGAACUGAAGAGAUCCCAGCAACACUACGGGCCCAGCAGCGCCAGCAACAACAGCCUCACCGCUGCCAACAGUUAUCCCCAAGGUAACCCCUCACCUUUUUCAGCAACGUCAGGAGGACAGAUGCACUACCAGGUGUCUCACCACCUGUCCUCCCGCCCGACCCAGCCCCAGUACCUCCCUCAACUCACCUCACCCCCUCACCCCGAAACAGACUCUGCUCUAGAGGCGGCAGUCAACAGCAUCUUGGAAUGUUAAGACUGAUGCUCCAUAUUAUCCCUAAUAAUGUAUGGUUUCGACUUAUUUUGUGUGUGUGUGUAAAAAUGUUUUUGUCAAACUCUCCUGUUAUAAUAUUUGUUGUGUUCUCCCCCUGUGUGAAGAGAGGUUAACUCUUCUUUCAGGUCUAUUAUCUUUAUGAUACCAUCUCUGGCCAUGUAGCAUGUAUUUAGUUCUUUUAGUUUAUUUUUGGGGUUUUUUGAGGCAUGACAUAGGAGUCAGAGACUCUGUCAAGGUGCCAGGUGAAUGCAGGCACUUAUUACCUAUAAAGAUCCGGGAAUGUGUGCAAUGCAAUGGACUAAUGGAUGGAAAAUGUCCUGUUUUGUUUGUUUUAACAUUUUUAAAAAAAAAGGUAGGUUCAGUAGCCUGAAUAUAAGAGUGCCCCUCUCUUCACACACACACACACACACACACACACACGUCAUUAAUAUUUUGUGCCAGUUGAUUACCCCCACUACCUAUGCUGAAAAACAGGGAUGAGGAGGAGGGACAAAAUGAUGACUCUGUGCCUAAUUGUAGGUUUUUAUUUUGAAGUGUUUACAUGAAGAAGCUCUAGUCAAAAAAUAUCCAUUGACUCAGUUCCUUCCUGCAUUAUAAACAUGCACAGUGCACACACACACACAUGCUUUAGUACAAUGUGUUAAGUAGAUUCAUGGUUCAGAGGACAAAUUGCACUAAACAUACUGUUGCUUAUUUCAGGAACUAUAUGAAUAUGAGGCUCUUGUCGAUAUACAGUGUAUGCUAGGCUAAACAGAAUGUGAACAUUUGGAACUGAACCAAAAUCUAUUCGCCUGCUUUCAGCUGCCUGCAACAAGGAUAACCUCUUAAUCACACUAGAAACCAGUCAAACUAGUCACAUAGACAUAGAUAGUAGUGUUACUGUACUCAGCAAUGCUUUUUUUCUUGUGCUUAAGUCACAUUUUCUUUGGCAUUUUUCUUUUGUACCUUAAAGGUAUGCAAGCCCCGACACAGACACAAGAUAAAUCUCGAUCUCAACCACUUUUAUCAUUUCACAGUGUGUUUGUGUCAGGGGAGCUCAGUCCUCAGAUUGAGGAAGAUACAUUACAAUAUGUUUAUCUUUUUUAUUUAGAUUUUUAUUUCCUCAUUUUUUAGAAAUGACAUUUAAAAAGAUGUCUGUUUUUGUUUGUUGUGAUGUGUUCCCGGCUUUGUGAACAUGACAAUAUCGUCAUUAGUUUAAAUGACCCUGGAGGGUCAUUGAUUGUACGUAUAUUUGUCUGCCUUCUGCAUACAGUAUAACGAUAUAUUGAUCAUAUCUAUCCAUGCUUUACUUCCUUGACAUGUCUAUUAGUGUGUGUUAAUCUGCAUACAUACACACUGGUCAGUGACUAUGUUUUCAUGUAGUUCGGUUGUUUGAUUGCCAUACUCUUGACUUUAUUCUUAAAUGUUCGCUCAGUCCCCCAGGAUGUUUUUCUCACUUUCCAAGGUUUCUUUUCAAGCAUUUCUCACAUUUCCUCUCAUCUCACUCUCAGCAGCGCAACCAAAAUUCAAAAUAGGAGAGAGUGUGGUCUUGUCCAGAAUCACUGUCAGAUCUUUAUGUCUUUGUGCUGGUGACAACAGCCCUGUGACUGUAAUGUAAAGCUGUAGUGUUUCCUCUGAAGCUGUGCCCUUAAAAUGACUUGGGCUCCCACUGUGUUCUGGUUCUGUUGAGUUUUCAUUUAGUUUUUAGAACCAAAACUUAACUGUGAUAUUUCAUGAUGAUGAAGAAUGAAUCCUAAAUAUACAGUACCAUGUAUUUCUGUUUUUGGAAUGACAUUUUUGCAAAUAAAUCUACAGAAAUCUGCACUGUGGUAUAAGUGAGAGGGGGAUUUCUGCUAAACCCAACACAGGACCAAAGCUUAGGUUAAAUGUGUUAAAUGCUCCUGGGGUUGAUUCUGGAUAGUGACACCUUUCUCCUAAAUACAUGUCUGUGAAAUAUGCUUGCCAGUAGGCUACAGGAGCAGACAGAAGGCCUUUUAUAUGGGGUGAUAGAUUUUGUGUUUGAGUGCCAGUGGCUAUCGCAGCCUGCCUGUCUGUAUCUCUGCCUAUAGACCUCUUAUAUAUCUACCAGUGCACACCGAGAAAACUGGGCUCUCUGCUUUGAAAGCAAAUCUCUAAUGAUAUGUAAGAGUCAAUUGAGAUUUAUUUGCUCCUUCAAGUGGUUGCUGCAAGACUUUGUGCCUCUAUAGCACUUAUAUCCACAAGAAAGUUAGUUUAGACUUGCACAAAGUAGGGACUUGUUCAGUGUUGGUGAAACAUUGUUAUCUUGAUGCAUAUCAGUGUCUGAGGGUCUGGUAGGAACAUACUGUGCUUUUUCUCCCCCAUUUUCAGUGCAGAGAUUGUGUUUUUCUGCUUCCAUUUUCACUGUUUUGUCUGAGUUGAUUUGUAUAGUUUGUGGUUUUGUAUAAAAAUGAAAAGUGAAACACAAAAUAUUUAUAAUUUUUGUAUGGAGAAAAAAGACGAAUGUAAAAAAACAACAAAAACAUGAGAAAAUGGAAAUUAUUUUUUAAUGUGUUGGCUAAGAAGCGGUGUCAGGAAAACAACGUUAUAAAAUACUGUCAUUUCUUCAUUUGUAGCUAAUGUGUGUUCACUACGGCAGCAAAGAGAGUCAACAAUAAAUUCAUUUUGAAUACAAUAACAAAA